AAUCAACUCAUCGCCAAACAAGCCUACUUUGUAGUAUACUCAUACACAACAAGAGAGAGAAAAGAAAUGGCAAAUUUUCCAGUGAUCAGCUUGGAGAAGAUGAAUGGAGAUGAAAGAGGCGCAAUGAUGGAGCAAAUCAAAGACGCAUGCGAAAACUGGGGCUUCUUUGAGGUGGUGGAGCACGGAAUCGAGCCGGAGUUCAUGGACAAAGUGGAGAGGCUGACGAAGGAGCACUACCGCAAAUGUAUGGAGCAACGUUUCAAUGAAAUGGUCGCCAGCAAAGGCCUCGAGACUGUCCAGUCCGAGAUCGACGAUCUCGACUGGGAGAGCACCUUCUUCCUCCGCCAUCUCCCCGUCUCCAACAUCUCCGACAUCCCCGACCUCGAUCAGGAGUACAAGGACGUGAUGAGAGAGUUCGCCGCGAAGCUGGAGAAGCUAGCGGAGAAACUUCUGGAUUUGCUGUGCGAGAAUCUGGGCCUGGAAAAGGGCUACCUGAAGCAGGCCUUCCACGGCUCGAAUGGGCCCAACUUCGGCACCAAGGUCAGCAACUACCCGCCCUGCCCGAAGCCGGACCUGAUCAAGGGCCUCCGGGCCCACACGGACGCCGGCGGCAUCAUCCUCCUCUUCCAGGACGACAAGGUGAGCGGCCUCCAGCUCCUCAAGGACGGCGAGUGGGUGGACGUGCCGCCAAUGCGCCACUCCAUCGUCAUCAACCUCGGGGACCAGCUCGAGGUCAUCACCAACGGCAAGUACAAGAGCGUCUUGCACAGGGUCAUAGCGCAGACGGACGGAACGCGGAUGUCGCUCGCAUCCUUCUACAACCCCGGGAACGACGCGGUCAUCUAUCCUGCCCCGGCGCUUGUUGAAAACGAGGAGAAGCUCUACCCCAAAUUCGUGUUCGAGGACUACAUGAAGCUCUAUGCCGGCCUCAAGUUCCAGGCGAAGGAGCCCCGAUUCGAGGCGUUUAAGAAUCUCGAAGAUGCUUCCACUGUCGCCUCUGCUUGAUCAUUGCUCCAUUUUUUAUUGUGUUAUUAUUAUGUUAUUACUACGGCUGUGUUUAGAUCAUAUGGUAUCUGUGUGUGUGCUUGCUAGAUUAGUGUGUGGGAUGGGAUGAUUCAGCUUUGAAGAAGUCUCUCAAAUAAUUAAUUAUUGUUUCUAUGAAAUGAAUUCUUGUGUUAA